GAGGCUAAUGGAAAAAAUAAAGAAUUGCGAAUAGUUGUCGCAGAUUUUUUUCCGAUUUGACCCCGCUUGUAGAAUAGUAGAAUCCAGAAGGCUGUGGAACACGGAAGUUCCUUUUGUAUCACGAUUCGAUUACGUCAACGCUUGCUCCGAUUGAGAGUCGGUUCAGAUCGCACAUAUACAUAUACAUAUAUAUAUAGAAGCGUGUAGAAUUCUCCAUUAUUCUGCGGUGUUAAGGAUGGCCUUGAAUCCUCAGCUGUUUCCAAAUGGAUUGCCCGUUUCUUUUACCAACGAGAUGUUUGUCUUGGCCAGAGACGGCGUCGAAUUCGAGGUCGACAAGAUCCCCGGUGCUGACGGUGGGAAAGUUAAAGCCAAGGGAACAAUCUUCUUGUCCAAUAUAAGGAUGGUCUUUGUUGCAAAUAAGCCUGUUGGAAAUUUUACAGGUUUUGAUAUCCCCCUGCUUUACACCCAUGGUGAAAAAUUCAACCAACCAAUAUUUUUAUGCAACAAUAUCUCUGGACUUGUGGAGCCUGUGGUCCCAGAUGACCAGCACAGGGCUUUGUACUCAACUCACUCAUUUAAGAUUCUGUUCAAGGAAGGCGGCUGCGGGACAUUUGUACCUUUGUUCUUCAACUUGAUGUCAUCAGUGAGGCAGUAUAGUCAACAACAUGGUUCGACAGUGGAGUAUCACUCGGAUCCUUUGCAAGCAGCACAAACUCCGGUUGAGGAAAUGAUGAGACAUGCAUAUGUUGAUCCUAAUGAUCCAACAAGAAUCUUUCUGCAGCAGCCCAAUCCUGAGUCUCAGCUGAGGCGCCGUACAUACCACUCGCAGCCGGCGGAGCACACUUUAUGAUUUUGCAUUUUUGAUGAAUAAUGUUCAGACGCCGUGUUUAUAUUAUGGGGUGUGUGCCUCUUAUUUCUCCUAGAAGAUACUUGAGGCAACUUUCAGUACAGCCACGUGUUUGGCCGACCAUUAGAGAUCCUGCUAUAUAUUGUCCUGAAAUUAUACUACAAAAAAUAGUCUCUUGAAAAUUCUAAGAUGAAUGUGCAAUGAGAUUUUCAUUCUGUAAA